AGGCAUGCUCGUAUUUUGCGACGCUCUUGUUAUUUUUUCUUGGAGGCUUCAGUUGGCUAUAAAGUGUUAACAGCAGACCCACGUUUUGUUUUUCGUCAAAAUGUCUCACAUCGACGAUGAAUCCUCGGAUCUCGGAAUGGCGGGUCAAUCGAAGUUGGAGAGCUUCCUGUUCAGCUGCGAGCUGUCCUCUAAAGUACCUUUCUACACUUUCCAAGGAGACGAGGAGGAGGACUUGGAGCACUUCCUUGAACUCAGAACAAUAUGUCUGGGAGAGGGUGCCAAGGAGGAGAGUAAUGUGGUGGAGGUAAUGGCCAUGAACCACCAAGGAAAGAGUAUAUCAGUGCCCAUCGCCAACCUUCACCUCAGCUGUCUGCCGAUGGUGAGUCUUGGAGAGUUUGAGCUGAAGGCUCCAGUGACCAUCCGGCUCAAGGCUGGAACAGGACCAGUAACCGUCAGCGGAUUACACCUCAUAGCCUCACAGGUCGAAGAUUCUGACCUGUCGGAUGAUGAUGACGACGACGAUGAUGACGAGGAGGAAGAGAUCAGCCCAAUUAAACCAGCAAAGAAGAAGCAGAAGCAGUAGUUGGAGACGUCACUGAUUGUCUUUUGGAAUGGACCCACUCACUCGCUGAUAUGUUUUUUAGAAAUAACAGUUUUUUGUACAGGACUCACACAUUUUACAAAGCUACUACUUUUCCCAAACAGCCAAGUGAAUGCUUUGUGUGGCGGAAGCUGCUCAUGCUGUUGGAGGAAGUGAAAUCAUGACCUCUCCCCUCCAACCAUCAGUGUCUCACUGCAAGCUCUUAGUCUCAGCAGUGUAUUUAACUGCGGUUAGGAGAUUCACUUAUAGAAGAACUGUUUUUGCUAUUAAAUGCUACCCAGUGUUUUAUACUGUAUAUGAUACAGUCACCACUGACAUGGAGUUACUGCACCAGUGGCGGAAAAAUGUGUUUUACCACCAGUGGAUUCUGGUAUUGUUUAUAGAUACUGUUCUUGUAAAAGCAAAAUCAUUGUGUGUCUGUGUGUGUGUGUUUUUGUACUUUGUCAAACAGGAAAGAAGAGAUUCUAGACUAAUUAUUGUGAUUCCAACUGAAAGGUGCAAUCAGAUGACUAACAUACAUCAAUUUAUUAAAUGUUGUCAGUGCAAAAUGAUAUCUCCUUUUCCAAUGUUUGUAGUUUCAAAAAUAUUGUUUGUCUUUGAGAUCUGGCAAUCAUAAAUGUGAAUUUUUUCAAGCAAA